AUGACUGGAAAGUUUUGGUCUCCCGCGGAGGAGAAGUACUUCUGGAAGAUUGUCGUCGCCCACUCUGUCAAACGUGCCCCUGUAGACCUUGGCAACGAGGAGAAGACCUGGGAAGAACUGGCGGUUGAUAUGCAGAAGGCAAUGGAUGAACAGGGAACUGCUCGCCGCUGGUACAGUAGCUCUGUAUUGUUUGAGCAUUACUUCCAGAAUGUUGAAGGAGAUAGAAGAUCUCCAAAUGCUACUAAAUAUGUCAUGGAGUACAUGAAGAAGCUCGGUCCGUUCCGCCGUGUUAUCAAUCCUCGUUCUGGCCCUCGAGGAGGCCGCCCUCGCCGUAGGGAAGUGACCAUUGGUGAGCCUCGGGGAGUUCAAGCUCCUCCUCCAAGUCCAGAUGGCUUCACAGUCACUCCAUUAGAAGAAGACGAUGUCUUCUCUCCGGAGUACGCGGCUCGCCAGGCUCGUCAACUUUAUCAGUCCCGCCAACCUCAAACUCCUCUAAGCCCCACCAGUUUCCACAGACGCCGAAAUUUGCAACAUCUUGGUCUGGCGCCAUUCUUUAGAGAAGCCCAAGGGACUUCAUCUGAAGGUGCUUCUAUCGACCCUCCUGAAGUCUCUUGGGGAUAUCAGAUGGGAGAGCGAUCUGCUCUGGAUCAAUCCACACCUGAAACAAACUUGUCGCGGUUCAACGCUCUCCUCGCUGCCGCCGAAUUUAUAGGCACAGAAGACUACUCGGCCAGAAGCGACGAAUCGCGAGAUCAUUUUACGAUCCAGUCAUCCUAUACCUUAGCGCCUCGACCCGGCUACGAAGACACAUCUGCCUACGUGCCGCAAAGCCAUACCCUUGAUUGUGCAUCUUCUGACACGUUAGCAUAUAGCACCGGUGUCGGUCCGGAAUAUUAUCAGAGCACAGUUAGCAAUCCUAUGAACUUUCGAGAGGAUUCUACUUCGGCACCGGAGGUUGGCCAAGGACCCCUAUCUGCUUCAUUUUCGAGCUCUGCAUCAACUCUGUACAAUUUUCCCGUUGAUCACCAUGUUCCCUCCGGCAACACGACCGAAGAGGAAGACACGAACGUUGAAGACGACGAGAACAAAGAGAAUGAAGGUGGUAUAGACAUUGAAGACCUUCAAAUGCCGGGCUUUAGGGUGUACAGAAACAACCCGAUCCCGAUUCCCCAGGAUUUCCUCAUCUACGAGGACGGCCAGAUUGAACAAGACCCUCAACCUUCCGAGGCACUUCGGGGACAGGAAUACUUCGACAAGUAUGAUAACAAAGAAAACGAAUACCUCCGAGGAGCCGGAGAGAUGUAUCAUAACAACGAUCCGAAUACCGGGCCUGUUGGCGUUACCGGUUUCCAGGGGGGCAUCUUCGAUGUUACCGAGGAACUAUCCUUGGCAACGAUUCUUCCUUUUUCGAACUGGUAA